AAAUAAAACACAAAAUAAAAUAAAAUAAAAUUACAGCGAAAAACCCGGCGUACUGAUCACCCGGUUCAAAAACCCUACGUUAAACCCUAAAAACCUAGAACCGUGUAGCGCAAGCAAGAAAGCUUCGAGCACCUUAAUUACUGCAGCCACAGCUUUUAUUUAUUUAUGCCAAAAUAAAAAUCACCAGAUGAAGAGUUUCCAGAGCUUUUGUCUCUGAAUUUCUCUCUUUUAAAUAAUUAUUGGUCUCGUGCGAAAAUGGGAACUGAUGGAAAUGGAGCUCCCGGUUCAAACACCCAUUGGAUGGGAAAGACUGUAUUUGUAAUAAAUGCUUGGACAAUGAAUUUACCGAGCUAAGGGUGAUCCGAACCCUUGUAUUUCUGCUACUGAAAAUAACAAAUUAACACUGAGGCACGCAAAAUUAUUUUCUAAGUUAUGGCGAAAUCAUAUGCGGCAGGGAUUGUGGCCGCAGUGGCUUCUGCGUCAAUGUUUGUGGAUAAGGCUUAUGCUGCUGAGAGUGGCUUCCAUUUUCCAUCAAUGUCUUCGUCAUUGCCUGCGUCUCCGUUUCCGUCUCCCUCUCCGCCACCUGCAGCUGCUCCUGCCGAGGCUCCAAAGGAAGAGAAAAAAGCGAGGAAUGACAAUCCAAGGACCACCGCAGCAGGGUUCGAUCCCGAGGCCCUCGAGAGAGGUGCAAAAGCUCUGCGUGAAAUCAACAACUCUUCUCAUGCCAAAAAGGUGUUUGAGACUCUGCGCAAACAAGAAGAAACCCGUCAGACAGAGAUGGCAGCCAGGAAGGCCGAAUAUCAAGCAUUACAAGCUCAGCAUGAAACCGAGCGGCAGCGGGUGAUUUAUGAAGAACAAAAGAAAUUAGCCCAACAACAAGCACAGACAAAGGCACAGAUGGCUCGUUAUGAGGAUGAGCUAGCUAGAAAGAGAAUGCAGGCUGAACAUGAAGCUCAAAGAAUGCGAAAUCAAGAGUUAGUAAAGAUGCAAGAAGAAUCAUCAAUGCGUCAAGAACAGGCCAGGCGUGCAACAGAAGAGCAAAUACAAGCACAGCGGCGUCAGACAGAAAAAGCACGUGCAGAUAUUGACAGAGAAACUAUCAGGGUUAAGGCAAUGGCUGAAGCAGAAGGAAGAGCUCAUGAAGCAAAACUAGCUGAGGAUGUAAAUAAAAGGAUGCUGUUAGAACGAGCAAAUGCUGAAAGAGAAAAAUGGCUUGCAGCGAUUAAUACAACUUUUGACCACAUAGGAGGGGGUUUGAAAGCAUUAUUGACAGAUCAGAAUAAAUUGGUUGUGGCUGUUGGUGGAGCAACAGCACUUGCAGCUGGAAUUUACACUACGAGAGAAGGUUCCAGGGUUAUUUGGAGCUAUAUUGAUAGAAUAUUGGGUCAGCCUUCAUUGAUACGAGAGUCGUCAAGAGGAAAGUAUCCAUGGUCAGGUUUUUUCUCUCGUGUCAAGAGUUCCUUUUCUAAAUCUCACAACUCAAUGGGAGAGAAGGAUCCUGGAAAAAGUGGAAAUGCUUUUGGUGAUGUUAUUCUUCAUCCUUCGUUGCAAAAGAGAAUUGAACAAAUUGCUUCUGCAACUGCAAACACUAAGACUCAUCAGGCUCCUUUCCGAAAUAUGCUUUUUUAUGGACCUCCAGGCACGGGCAAAACAAUGGCAGCAAGGGAACUUGCUCACAAAUCGGGUCUCGAAUAUGCAUUGAUGACUGGAGGAGAUGUAGCUCCAUUGGGUUCUCAGGCUGUUACUAAAAUUCAUCAACUCUUUGACUGGGCUACAAAAUCAAGGAAAGGGUUACUACUUUUCAUUGAUGAAGCAGAUGCUUUUCUAUGCGAACGCAAUAACACUCAUAUGAGUGAAGCUCAGCGGAGUGCUCUUAAUGCACUUUUAUAUCGUACUGGGGAUCAAUCCAGAGACAUAGUGCUUGCUCUUGCAACAAAUCGGCCAGGUGAUCUUGAUUCGGCUGUUACUGAUCGUGUUGACGAGGUUCUUGAGUUCCCUCUUCCAGGAGAAGAGGAACGGCUUAAGUUAUUAAAACUAUAUUUGGAGAAGUACAUUGCACAGGCAGGCAGUACUAGAACUAGAUGGGCAUCUUUCUUUAAGGGUAGGCAACAAAAGAUAGAGAUAAAGGGUAUAUCAGAAGAUGUUCUCCGUGAGGCUGCUGUCAAAACUGAAGGAUUCUCUGGCCGAGAAAUAGCGAAGAUGAUGGCCAGUGUGCAAGCUGCUGUCUAUGGUAGUUUUGAUUGUGUUCUUGAUGCCAACCUUUUUAGAGAAGUGGUGGAUUACAAGGUUGCAGAGCACCACCAACGAAAGAAGCUUGCUGCUGAAAGUAAAGCUUGACACUUCCUGAUAGGCAAAAUUUAACACGUAGAAUGAAUCUUAUUCCAAGUUGAGUGAGGGUACAGAGAUGGUUGAUAACAACUCAGCUCUUUCACCACUGCCCUUACAUUUUCAACAUUUGGUUCAAGAAUGUUGUUGCAGCGCUUAAAUCUUUUUUUUGGUGAAGAGGAGAAAAAUACAUUUAUUUAAAUCUGUUCUUCAAUUUAGAUGGUAAAGAGAUCUGGCAAAGAAUAUAGACGAUAGGAAAAUUCAUUAAGCUCAUUUUCCAUGUGGAGAGCAAUAUUUUUUCACAGGCCAUGAUAAUUCGAUUUGAUUGUAAAGAAUUUAAUGUGAGCAGUCGGGAGUUUUUAAAGCCCUAGAUCUACCUAUAUUUAUUUAAUUCUUCAAGGGCUGAGGUAAAUCUGAACUUUCAGCAUCUAAAAUUCUUUUUUUUAUUA